AUGGCUGCUAUCAUUGACUUUGCAGGAGACCAGUUCUCAACAUUGAUUAUUGGAACUCAACAAUGGCUCAGAUAUUUGCUGGCUAUUGCAAUUUUGUCAAGUCUUUAUAAUGGAGGCAUAUUGUUUCUCAAAGUAAAAGGAAAACAAUUGCUUCAGCCCAGAAUGGCUGCUAUCAUUGACUUUGCAGGAGACCAGAUCAUGGCAUAUCUGUUGUUAUCAUCAGCAUCUUCAGCAAUUCCAAUAACAAACAGAAUGAGAGAAAACUCAGACAAUAUAUUCACUGAUUCUUCAAGUACAGCCAUUUGCAUGUCCAUUUUUGCAUUCAUUUGUUUAGCAGUGUCAGCACUCAUCUCUGGCUUCAAACUAUCAACUCAACCUUAUAUAUGAAACUUUCAUUGAUUUUUUUAUUUUUUUUUACCCGAUAAAAAUGUUUCACACUUUCAUUUAAUUGUGUAUACCAAUCACAUGUUACAGUGAGAUAUGGAGAGUUACUGAUUUUUUACCUAUACACCAAAAUAAAUGAAUUUUGCUCUACAGAACAAAAACCAAAGGUAAUGGCACAAGCAAUUCUAGAUUUUCCAUUUUAUUUCUUUACAGAAUAUAAUUAUUAAUUAUACCUCAAAUAGAAAAUGAAAUUAUUGACUUUAUAUUUGGAUCUUAGUGGUUUGAACAUUCCAACUUUGACCAAGUGAGUUUUUGACUAGUCUCUUUUCAGUGUAAUGUUGCCUAAGAGGACUAUGAAAUGAAAUUUUAUUGAAGUCCCAAUGAUGAUGUCACUACAAAUUAUUAAUCGAAGUUCCACUCUUCAAUCUCAACUAAUCUAUAUUGAAACUUGAAAGCUAAGAUUAGAAAUAGAAUACUAAAAACUGCAAGCACUGCACAAAUUUUACAAAGUAAUCGACUAUUAGAAUCUUAUAAAAGAAACCUUUUUUGCUUUCUUUCUGUGAAA